AUGAGGCCAACACGCCCCGGUAUCGUGCUCCUCGCCACCGCGACCUCGGUUGCCGGACAGUCAUGCGAGCUCCCCUCCUCGUACCGCUGGACAUCAACCGGCGCGCUGGCACAGCCGAAAAGCCCGUGGGUGUCGCUCAAGGACUUCACCGUCGUCCCGUACGACGGCCAGCACCUGGUCUACGCAACGACAAACGACGGGACCAACUGGGGCUCCAUGGGCUUCAGCCUCUUCAGCGACUGGGAUGCCAUGGGCUCGGCGACGCAGACGGGCAUGAGCUCCAGCGCGGUGGCGCCCACCCUGUUCUACUUCGAGCCCAAGAACGUUUGGAUCCUCGCCCACCAGUGGGGCCCGACGGCCUUCUCGUACCGGACGUCCAACGAUUCCACCAACCCCAACAGCUGGUCCCAGCCCCAGCCCCUCUUCACCGGCACCAUCUCGGGCUCGAGCACCGGCCCCAUCGACCAGACCCUCAUCGGCGACGACCAGAAUAUGUACCUCUUCUUCUGCGGCGACAACGGCAAGAUCUACCGCGCCAGCAUGCCCAUCGGCAACUUCCCCGGAAACUUUGGCAGCGAGUCGACCGUCGUCAUGAGCGACAGCACCAACAACCUCUUCGAGGCCGUCCAGGUGUACAAGGUGAACGGGAGGCAGCAGUACCUCAUGCUCGUCGAGGCCAUCGGCGCCCAGGGCCGCUACUUCCGCUCCUUCACGGCCACGAGGCUCGACGGCGAGUGGACGCCCAACGCGGUCAGCGAGGCUAGUCCCUUCGCCGGCAAGGCCAACUCGGGCGCCAGCUGGACCAACGACAUCAGCCACGGCGAGCUCGUCCGCCUCAGCGCCGACCAGACCUUCCCCAUCGACCCCUGCAACCUGCAGCUGCUCUACCAGGGCCGCGACCCCAGCUCGGGAGGCGAUUACAACCGCCUGCCCUACCGCCCCGGCGUCCUUACCCUGCAGCGCUGA